GUUAUUGCCGCGCAUAGUGCCUGCGAGCUUAUGCUGAGCGCCGCAACAGGACAGGCCAUUUUUCUGUUUCAGUUCGCGUCACAGUGCAAGUAUAUAUCAACAACGCCGAUGUGUUCGUUCGUUUUGGCGUUUAUUGUUUUGCCGACGCAUUUCUGCAAACCGUUUUCACGCGCCGGAUAAAUCGCGAAUCGAUCGCUAACACACUGCUAAUGUCGCCAACAAAGUGACAGUGUUGUGCACAUUUUUGAAAACAGUGCAAUUAAUUGCUGUUACACACACACACCUGCCACAUACGAUUUGAUUUGUAUAUGAGUGGUCGCUGAGUACUUUAAGUAGUUCACUAAUUAAUACAGAAAAGCAAAAAUUAUAAUGAGAAUACACAAAAUCACGUGCGGUGUGUGUGCGCUUAAUAUUUUGCGUUGCUGAGCGAAAAAAUAUUAUUACAAAAUUAAGUUCUCAUUCGUUUGGUGCUAAUUAUCGCCGAGCAUGAUGCGUUCUGGCAGUCCACUACCACGUCCCACCAGUCCGGCCAUUUCCGAGAUUUCGGUGGGUUCACCCAGCCCGCCCCUGCUUACUGCUUUGCAUAAUAUAAGACAACAUAACGGUUUAACCGCUUUUCGGCCAAUUGAUAUAAAACGCGCGCGACUUACAGACUUACAUAACCACCAGAGGUCACUGCUGGCUGUCGAUAAUGGAGUUGGUUUAAGUGCAAAUCAGGCGCCACCUCCAACGCCACCACAACGCCGCAAAUCGAGCGCUGAGCGUGUGAAAAGCUUUUCAAUCGCCGAUAUUUUAGGUAAACGUGAUGCAUCAGUGGACUCUCCAGCAGCUCACACCACAACGUCGCGUACGCCAACACCGCCAACCGCGUUAGCACUAUUGGCGCUUAAUAAUUCCGUUAAAGUUACGGAACCCGCAAUUUUGCCAUUAGUACCACGGCCACAACCUGUGGCGCCUACAACAUUGCUACCCGCUCCAGUUCUAGGCGAGAGCCUGGCGCCCACUGUUCCGCCCCCUCUAGUCAUGCCGCAAUCACAGCUUCUACUCGAUGCGCACGCAUUUUCCAAGUCGUCGGCGCAUGCUUGGCAAGCAAUGCGUGCUGGUGCGGCAAUCGCAAUGCCUUUACGUCCCUUUCUGCCGCCCGCGCUGUUGCAUUAUGAACAGCGUCUGGCGUGGGACUAUCAGCGCCAGCUGCAGGAACACUUUCAAGCGCAGGCACAACUCUUACGCCAAAUGAGUAUGGAUCCCUCGAUAAUACCUUCUGAGGAUGGUUCGGAGCGUUCGCAUUCCAGCUCGGCGGGUAGUGAGUGUUGUUCGCCUACUUUAAGCGCGGCACCAACCGCAGACGGUGUGUCGUCGAACAGUGGCGAUGAUAAAGGGGAGAGCAAAAAGCGCAAUGAAAGUGCUGAGACUGCUGCUGCUGGCGUAAAAGCACAAAAAGCGGCAGGUGACACGCCACUCGAUGCUCUAUUUCAGCUAUCAACCAAAAAUUUCGAUGACGGCACAGAUCCUGCCACGCUAAAUAUCUUCUCGACACGUCCGAACACAAAAAAGAAACGUAAAUCUCGCACUGCCUUCACCAAUCAUCAAAUCUUUGAGCUGGAGAAACGGUUCCUCUAUCAAAAGUACUUAUCACCAGCUGAUCGUGAUGAGAUCGCUGCUUCCUUGGGGCUAUCCAAUGCACAGGUGAUCACUUGGUUUCAGAACCGACGUGCCAAAUUGAAGCGUGACAUUGAGGAGCUGAAGAAGGACGUUGAAAGUGUGAAACAAUUACCCGACCAGUCAGCAGACAUCAGCAGCCAACAAUAUCAGGUAGCAUGCCGGCAACGCUUGCAACAGCAUCAGCAACACUUAAUGGCCACACUCAACAAUCAACGCAAUUUGGCGGCGGCCCACCACAUGCUGCCAAUAUCGCCCUUAUCCUGCCUGCAGUCCCAGUCGCCCACACAGCAGCUGCGCAACAGUUACCCGCACAAACACAACAACAACAGCAGCAAUAUGAAUGCGGAACCACCGCUGUAUCCAUUGCAGUUGCCCCCAGCAACAACAGGCGUAGCAGCGACAGCAGCAGCGAAAGUGAAGGCACACCAGCCAACACACGCACAAACGGCGACGCAAACGCAUACCAACCAAGGUUGCAGCAGCUCCACAGCAGCCGAGGAUAAGAAGGAGCUGAAAAUGCUUAAAAUGAUGACACUCAUGUACUACACCAGCCGCGCACAGGCCGACGCUGCGUCCGUGUCUGCGUCCGGCGAUGCCGUUACGAUCUGCGGCAGAGCUGUUGGCAAUGGCAACGUUCACGGCGGUGGCAUACACGCUGAACGCACGCCCUGCAAAUUCAACGCCAAUUAGUCGGACUUGCGCAAGCCUCGGUAUUAUUUGUAUUAGCCCAAUUUGUAAAUGUUAUUUAAGUAGAUUCACAUAUACAUACAUAUGUAUGGGUAUAUGUUUGUAUACGAUAUGUGAGGUUAUGUCAACAUGUGGUAUUUCCAAAUAAUGAUGUAUUAUUGUAUAUGCUUAAGUCUGCGUAUAUGUUGGCACACAUACAUUCUCAUACAUGAUGUUACAGUUACUAUGACAAUUGCCAAAAUCGAAAUUGCAGCGCAAGAAGAAUGUAGGUCAUUAAGCUACGCCCUUGUGCAACCGUAGAUUGUGUACGUAAGAAAGUGCUUAAUGAGUUAAGAAAUAAGACUCUAGACACACAUGUAAAUGUAUUCGAUUUCAAAAUUAAAUAGUUAGUUAAGUAAGCACAAUUGUGGUUUUUCCUUUUAAUUUAAUUAAUUUAAUAUGUUCCAAAUAUAAGAUAUCGUAUCAACUAAA